AUGGCUGAGGAUCGAAUUGGUCUUUUAUUCAAGGCUGCUACACUUGCGUCAUCAAUACAAGAUAGCAAAACCCAACAAAUAUUAAAAAGUUACUACAUGUUGAAAUGUCAGGAAACGACAGGGGGCUUUGGAUUGCCAAGAAAAUAUUUUUCGAGGGACACGAGAUGCCCUCGUUGUGGCAUUGAAUGGGAUAGAGACACAGAGACAAAGUUAACAACUAUUAGAUUAACAAAAAAACAAAGAAGAAGAAUAAGGAGCAAGAAAAAAAUUGUAAAUGCUAGAAACAAAGAGUAUUUAUUCCACAGUAAUAAAUUGGAACAAAUCUGUUCAUUUUGCGGUCACAACAUGAAAACAUAUAUAACUAAACCAGAAAAAUCUAAAGUAAAAAUACCAGAGGUUGAAACACCAAUAGAAGUUGAAGCUACGACUAAUAUUAUAAAAGGAACAAAGAAAACUAACAAAACGCAACACCAAGCUAAUGUUUAUUGUCAGUCUAAAAAUGCCUUUAAUCUGAAAACAAAUGGAAACAACUUGGCAACUACAAUGAAGCCGCAACCAAAAGUUAUAAAAAACAAUAAGAAGAAAAAAGAUAAAUAUGCCGGUUUAUGUAAAAUUGCAGUUGCAGCGGCCACGAAACAGAAGCUAAAUAAACUAGAGCUAUUUUUAAAAUCUGCUAAAUAA